UUGUGUAAGAGAUGGGAAACAGUAAAAAUAAUUAUUUCUUUUUUCAUUAAUUAGUGGAAGGAGAACAUUUCCUUUCACCUUGUUUUAGAGAGCAGAUUUUAGUUGUAUAUACCAAUCAAGUGUAGUGAACAGUGUAGUUGUGGUGUUUUUUUUUUCAACAAUUGAGAAUUUCAAUUUUCAUAUUUCUCAUUCAAUUGAAAAAUAUUUUUUCAUUUUGAAAAAUGUUGAAAUACACAAAAUUAUCUAGUAAUGCUUUUAUUCCAACAAGAGGUUCUGAAAUGUCAGCUGGUUUUGAUUUGUACAGUGCAUAUGAUUAUGAAGUUCCGGCAGCUGGUAGAAAAUUGAUAAAAACAGAUUUGCAAUUUUUAUUUCCUGAAGGAACUUAUGGACGUAUAGCUCCUAGAAGUGGUCUAGCUUUGAAUCAUUUCAUUACUGUUGGAGGUGGAGUAAUAGACCCUGACUACCUAGGAGAUAUUGGAGUGAUUUUAUUCAAUCAUGCACAUGAAAAAUAUAUGGUUAAAAAAGGAGAUCGUAUUGCUCAAAUCAUCAUUGAAAAAGUGAUGUUCCCAGAGUUGACUGAAUGUGAUAAAAUUGAAAUGAAUACAGAAAGAGGAAAAAACGGAUUUGGAUCUACUGAUGAAAAUAAUAAUAAUCAGAAUGAUGAUAGUGCUGGUGUUGGAAAAAAACCGAAUUCUGUACUUGAGUAUAUUGAAGAUCUUUCAAAAAAGAAAAAAAUGGAUGAUGAAGAACAGAAGAAAAAAGAUGAAAAACAAUCGUUAACAGAGUCUGAGUGUUCAGAUUCAUAG